CUUCUGACCACGUGCCAAAGCAAUAGCAUGCGUGAUGCCACGUAAACCCGGUCUUAACUUUCAUUUCCAUUGUUACUCGUCUCGUCAGUGGAAUAGGCAUAGCAGCAGAAGGGUAAGUUAUUAAACAGUAAAAACGAGCAGUAAUGGCUGACGAGAUAACCGAAGAAGAAAAUAAUAUUAUAACCCGCUUGCUGAGGCAAGAAGAAGACGAAAAAAAAGACGAGGGAAAACCAAAAGAGCCAUGGAAAGGAGGAGAGUUUGUGAAGAGCAUGGUGUACGCAGGACUUGAUGCCAUUGUCACUUGUUUCUCUCUCAUUUCUUCCAUUUCAGCCUCCCAAAGAUCUUCUGUGGAUGUGCUGGUGCUGGGAUUCGCGAACUUGGUGGCAGAUGGGAUAUCAAUGGGGUUAGGAGAUUUCAUUUCAAGCAGCACUGAGAAGGAUACGGCAGCCAAGGGAAGAGCAGUUACAGAAUGGGAAGUCGCUAAUCGUAGUAGGCCUUUGCAGCUAGCCUUAUUGAGGAAAUACCAGUCUCUUGGAAUGGAAAUCAACGAUGCCUCCACCGUGGUGGAGAUAUUUUCCAAGUACAAAGACAUUCUAGUAGACGAGAAAAUGGCAGCACAUGUUGGAACAUUACCUACUACUCCAGCAGAGAAGCCAUGGAAGAAUGCUCUUGUAACCUUCCUGGCCUUCCUGGUGUUCGGCAGCUUGCCUCUCCUCUCUUUCAUUGUCCUUAUUCCUUUUACGAACAGUGACCAGGUGAAGUUCACUGGUGCCUGUGCCUUGGCUGCCGCAGCCCUAGUUCUACUUGGAAUAUCAAAGGCCAAGAUUGCUGGUCAAAGUUAUGUUCCCUCUGUGGUCAUCACCCUAACCAACGGUGCCAUUGCUGCUACUGCAGCUUAUUCUCUUGGAUGGACGCUUAGGAAUGUCGCCCACCUAGAAGACACCGGAAAUGCUGGCAGUUAGUUUUUAAUUUCGCUUCUAUGUAAGAAGAGGUGAAAUUUUGGAUAACGUGUAUAUAUAGUUUGUAAACUAACGUAAACAUGCCUGUCUUUUCCUUCA